AUCCUCCCUUUCUCAUCCUCACCUUCUCAUCCUCCCCUCCUCCUUCUCUUUUCCAGGUCUUAUCUGGAAGUUGCAAGGGAAUUGGCCCUUGUCUGUUAUCUUCUCAUCCUUCUCCUGAAACUAUCUCUUUUCAUCAUCAACUCUUUUCUCUAUCUUUCCCUUAGACCCCGCCCCCACCUCCUUUGUCCUGCUUCUGCUCUCGAAUACCCGUCAGGAUGGUUCAAUCGUCUGUUCUUGGUUUCCCUCGUAUGGGAAAACUCCGUGACCUCAAGAAGGCUACGGAGGCAUACUGGGCAGACAAGAUCUCUCGUGAUGACCUGUUGAAGGAGGGAAAGAGACUCCGUCUCGAGCACUGGAAGAUCCAGAAGGAUGCUGGUGUCGACGUUAUCCCCAGUAAUGACUUCGCCUUCUACGAUCAGGUCCUGGACCACAUCCAGCUCUUCGGUGUUGUCCCAGAGAGAUAUACCAAGUAUGGCCUCGACCCCAUUGACGAGUACUUCGCUCUGGGCAGAGGUCUGCAGAAGCCUGCCCAGGAUGGCAAGCCUGCUAUCGAUGUUCCUAGCUUGGAAAUGGUCAAAUGGUUUGACUCCAACUACCAUUAUGUCAAGCCUACUCUUCAAGACAACCAGGUCUUCAAGCUGGCUACUCAGCCCAAGCCUGUUGUUGAGUUCCUCGAGGCCAAGGAGGCCGGAAUCACUACUCGUCCCGUUAUUCUGGGACCUGUUUCUUUCUUGACCCUCGCCAAGGCCGAUCGUGGACAGACCACCGAUCCUAUUGACCAGCUUGAGAAGCUCCUCCCCUUGUACGUUGAGCUUCUGGCUAAGCUCAAGGAGGCUGGUGUUGAGGAUGUCCAAAUUGAUGAGCCCGUCCUCGUCUUUGACCUUCCUGCCAAGUCCAAGGCCGCUUUCAAGCCUGCCUAUGAGAAGAUCGGUUCCCUUGGCAACAAGGCUCCUCGCCUUGUUCUUGCUACCUACUUUGGCGAUAUUGUCCACAACAUCGAUGUCCUUCCUGCCCUUCACAGCCUCUAUGGCAUUCACGUUGAUCUCGUUCGCAACCCCGAGCAGUUGGAGACUGUUAUUGGCGCUCUUGGCCCCAAGCAAGUUCUUUCUGCCGGUGUUGUUGAUGGCCGUAACAUUUGGAAGACCAACUUCAAGACUGCUAUCGAGAAGGUCGAGCUCGCUAUCCAGAAGUUGGGCAAAGAUAGAGUCAUCGUCGCUACUUCCAGUUCUCUCCUCCAUGUCCCUCAUACUCUCGAGAGCGAGAAGUCUCUUGACCCCGAGGUUCGCGAUUGGUUCAGCUUUGCUGUUGAGAAGGCCAGCGAAGUUGUCGUGAUUGCCAAGGCUGUCACUGAUGGCCCCGCCACCGUCCGCGAAGCUCUCGAGGCUAACGCUAAGUCCGUUCAGGCCCGUGCCUCUUCCAAGAGGACUAACGACCCCAAGGUCAAGGAGAGGCAGGCUGCCGUCACUGAUGAGAUGCACAACCGCAAGUCUCCCUUCCCCACUCGUUACGCUGCCCAAACCAAGUCUAUCAACCUUCCUCUCUUCCCCACCACCACCAUCGGUUCUUUCCCUCAGACCAAGGAGAUCCGUAUCCAGCGUAACCGCUUCACAAAGGGAGAGAUCACUCCAGAGGAGUACGAGAAGUUCAUUGAGAAGGAGAUCCAAGAUGUCGUUAAGAUCCAGGAGGAGCUUGAUCUCGAUGUCUUCGUCCAUGGUGAGCCCGAGCGUAACGACAUGGUCCAGUACUUUGGAGAGCGUCUCGUUGGCUACGUCUUUACCACACAUGCCUGGGUUCAGAGUUACGGAUCCCGUUGCGUACGCCCACCAAUCAUUGUUGGUGACAUCUCUCGUCCUGCCCCUAUGACCGUCAAGGAGUCGAAGUAUGCUGCUUCCAUCUCCAAGAAGCCUAUGAAGGGCAUGCUUACUGGCCCUAUUACUUGCCUUCGCUGGUCCUUCCCUCGUGAUGAUGUUCACCAGUCAGUUCAGGCUCAGCAACUUGCCCUUGCUCUUCGUGACGAGGUCGUUGACCUUGAAGCUGCUGGUAUCCAGGUUAUUCAGGUUGAUGAGCCUGCUCUUCGUGAGGGUCUGCCUCUCCGCUCUGGUAAGGAGCGUGAGGACUACCUCACCUGGGCUGUCAAGGCUUUCCGCCUGGCAACAUCUGGUGUCACUGAUAACACCCAGAUCCACUCCCACUUCUGCUACUCUGAGUUCCAGGACUUCUUCCAUGCCAUUGCUGCCCUGGAUGCCGAUGUUCUGAGCAUUGAGAACAGCAAGUCUGAUGCUAAGCUGCUCAAGGUCUUCACGAACGAAGCUUACCCUCGUCACAUUGGCCCUGGUGUGUACGAUAUCCACUCCCCUCGUGUCCCCAGCGAGCAGGAGAUCAAGGACCGUAUUGAGGAGAUGCUUGAAUACCUCCGCCCUGAUCAGCUCUGGGUCAACCCCGACUGCGGCCUGAAGACACGUCAGUGGAAGGAGACCAAGGCUGCCUUGACCAACAUGGUCAAUGCGGCCAAGUUCUACCGCCAGAAGUAUGCCAAAUAAAUAUAAUUUCUCUCUUCAUAUGGCCACGACAUGGGGCGGCAUUCUCAACCUGUCGCCUCGAGAAUUACCGGGGAGUUUUGUUUGUGAUGAGUUAUGAUGAUGAUACCAAAAGUUCAACAUAUGGGUUCAGGGUUUUGCACUAGAGAAAAAAACAUCAGGGUAAAUGGAGUUCAACAUGACAAAGUUUCAACACGGGUGUACAAGCAUGUGUUUGUGGUCCUGGUUUUGUCAGUGGUUUUAUUUCAACAAUUUCUUCAGGUUAAUUUGAUAAUCAUAUGAGUGGUUAGGAUUUUAUCAACUUUGUAUAUUCGAAUACAAUAUGUAUUUCCCUAUUG